AUGGGUAACUUUUUGAUUUUGAUAUUCUUCUCCGUUAUCGUCUCCAUGUCACGACCCUCUUAUGCAUACGAUUCGUUGGAUCCUUUUGGCAACAUCACCAUUACAUGGGAUUUCUUGUCUGACAAUGGGGAUUCAAUCGAUGUGACGGUAUCAAUAUACAACUUCCAACUAUUUCGCCAUGUUGAGGAGCCUGGUUGGAAACUAGGUUGGGCUUGGAAAGGUGAUGAGGUGAUAUGGGCAAUAUUGGGAGCAGAGGCUACGGAGCAAGGGAAUUGCUCAAGAUUCAGAGGACAACAGAAACCCCAUUGUUGUGAGAAGGAGCCAGUUAUUGUUGAUCUUAUGGCUGGAGCCCCCUACAACAUGCAGUCUGCAAAUUGCUGUAAAGGAGGGGUCCUUACAUCCAUCACACAAGAUGUUACCAAACACGGUGCCACCUUCCAGAUGAAUUAUAUGAAAGCAUCAGUAGGUGAUACUGGUGCUUUUAGCAUGCCAGAAAAUUUCACUCUUGGAAUUCCUGGUUAUAGCUGCGGGACACCAUUUCAAGUCCCACCAACCAAGUUUACCAAGGAUGGACACCGAUGGCAACAAGUCUUGGAGACAUGGAAUGUAACUUGUAUUUUUUCCCAGUUUCUGGCAUCACCUGCCCCAAAAUGCUGUGUCUCCCUGUCUGCAUUUUAUUACAGUACAAUUGUUCCUUGCCCCACCUGCAGCUGUAAUUGCCAAGGGCUACCAGGAGCGAAUUGUGUGAAUUCUGAUAAGACUUCGGUGUUACAACUACCACAAACAAAUGGAGCAGAACCACCACCACCAGUGAUCAGGUGUUCACAUCACAUGUGCCCCAUUCGUGUUCACUGGCAUGUGAAACAAAGUUAUAGAGAGUAUUGGCGGGUGAAGAUCACAAUCACAAACCUGAACUUUGUCAAAAACUAUUCCCAGUGGAAUUUGGUGGUGUUACACCCUAACUUGCGAAGUGUAACACAAGUUUUCAGUUUCAACUACCAACCCCUGCCAAUUAUGGAAAUUUCAGUAAAUGACACAGGAUUGUUUUGGGGGCUAGAAUACUACAAUGACAUGUUACAUGGGGAGAAUGGGAAUGUGCAAACAGAGGUAUUACUACACAAAGACAGAGGAGAGUUCAGCUUCAAAGAAGGAUGGGCUUUUCCUAGAAAGAUCUCAUUCAAUGGCUAUGAAUGUGUCAUGCCAUCUCCUGACGAGUACCCUCGCCUCCCAAACACAGCUCACAUUGCAACAACAAACCCUCCCAUACUUUUUCUCUCAAUGUUACUGCUCUCAAUAUUCUAA